GACAGACAGACAGAUAGGCAGACACACACACACACACACACACACACACACACACACACACACACCUCCCCUUACAAUAUAUCAAAACAAAAUUCACAAUCCACUUGGACAAAACAAUUAUGAAAAAAAUAUAUAUUCCACUCCCUUCCACCUCCACCUCCACCACCACCCAGGACACCACCACCACCACCAGGCCCUCACCACCACCACCACCUUCACCACACGAGGAGGAGGUGGAGGAGGAGGAGGAGGAGGAGGUGCCAGGCUUGUUGGAUCUCUCCCCCACCAGGAGAGAAAUGGUGGGGGGGGGAGGAAAGGAGAGAGAAAGCCCUGGAAAUAAGCCCACCCCUCCACCAGCCACCCCAGGCCAAGAGGAACCCAAGAAGAUCCCGACGAGACCCCAAGAGACCCCGAACAGACCCAUGACGCUCGACAUUCGACAAAAAACGAAGAAAUCUCGUGACGGGAAAAUUGAUGUUGAGUUGAAUUUAGCGAAGUUUCCGGCGAACGACUCGGAGAAAACGGAACGUGGAGGGAAAACGGAGGUGGAGGAGCGGACCCGAGUGUCUUACGCCCGAUUGGAUGAGAGGGAAAGCCCGGGGGGUCAGCGGAAUAGAAAACGUGGGCUAUUUUCAAGGGGUACCGGGCGAAAUAUAUCGAAUAGCCGAUCUUCCGAUAGUCAAAUUUCCGCUGUUCCGUCGGACCCUAGGCCAAGGCGAGGGUUCACGCUGCCCCUCGGAAAGUCCUCGAGUCCGCAGGCCAAGUCCGGACCGCUGAAGCCCCCUCUAGGGUCCUCCACCACCACCACCACCUCCGCUCCGUUCACGAGCUUCCGAGAUCGACUCAAGAAAAAUGUGAACAGGAAUGUGGUUGAGGAAGAGCGGAAGAGGAAGAAGAAGGAGGAGGAGGAGGAGGCGAAGAGGCGGAAGAAGAUGAAGGAGCAGGAGGAGGAGGCGAGGAAGCGGAAGAGGAAGAAGGAGGAGGAGGAGAGGAAGAAGAGGAAGAAGGAGGAGGAGAAGAAGGAGAAGGAGAGGAAGGAAAAAUCUGAUGAUGUUAACAAAAGGAAGAGAAGAGGAGGAGGAGGAGGAGAAGGAAAGGAAGAAAAAGAGAAGGAGGAGGAGAAGAAGAAAGGGAAGAGAAAGGAGGAGGAGGAAGAGGAGAUGAGUAGGGAGACUCGGACUCUCCCCAAGGACUUCUCUCCCUCCCCUUGGGCUAAAUUCGAGGAGGUGAACUGGGGAGGAGGAGGAGGAGGAGGAGGAGGAAGAGGAAGCAGUUUUGAAGAUAGCAGAGAAGAAGAAGGAAGAAGAGGAGGAGGAGAAGGAAGAAGAGGAGGAGGAGGAAGCAAUUUUGAAGAUAGCAGAGAAGAAGAAGAAGACCAAAAAAGAAGAGGAGGAGGAGGAGGAGGAGGAGGAAGAGAAGACUGCUUUAAAGAUCAAACAGAGGAAGAAGAUCGAAGAGGAAGAGGAGGUGGAGGAGGAGAAGAAGAAGUAAUAAGAGGAGGAAGAGGAGGAAGAAGAGAGGAAGAAGAAGAAGAAGAAGGAACAAAAAACAAAAACAACAAAAAUUCCGACGAAGGAGCGAAUGAAGGAAUAGGCAAAACACUUAAUAAAGAUGGAAAUGAAGGAAGAGAGGAAGAAGGAAGAGAGGAAGAAGAGGGUAAAGAAGGCAUAGAAGAUGAUAGAAGCAACUUAACCCCAUCUACUAAUGAAGGAAGAAGGGAAGAAGAGAGGAGGAGAGAGGAUAUGCAAGGAGGAGGAGGAGGAGGAGGAGGAGGGAAGGAAACAGAGAAGGAGGAGGAGGAGGAGGAAGAAAGAAAAAGUCCAAAAUUCCAUAGGACUCCUCCCCACCCCCCCUCCCGCCCCCCCAUCCUACCCCCCACCCAGUUGAAGGAUGCCAUGAGGGCCUGGGUAUCAUUUGAGGACUCCCCCGCCCCCCCCCUAAGGACGCCGAGAGGGGGUCCUACCAGGCGCCCCACGACCCCCAUAGGACGCUCCCGAAAGUCCCCCGCGAGGAGUCCUAUAGGAUUCCACACCAAGGGCCGGGCUGGUAGUGUGCAAAGGAGUCCGACGAGGGGUCCUUCAGGCGUGGCAGGGAGUCCUAGGGGUAGUGUGAGGGCUCCUGGGAAGGGUCCUAUGAGGGGUCCUAUGGGGUAUCCUGUGAGACGUCCUUCAGUGCCGAGUCCUACAGAAAUCGCCUCGAAAAAUCCUUCAGGAAAUGUCAAACCUCCUGUGAAGUCUCCUAUGAGGGGUCCUAUGGGGCAUCCUACAGGGACUUCACCACAUCCUACCGAAAUCCACACAAAACCUCCUUCAGGCAAUAGGACCUCCCCUGCAAAAUGCCCAAUGUGGAGUCCUACUGGGAAUCCUACGAAGAAUCCUACAAGAAAUCCUUCCGAAAACACUCGAAAAAGCACAGGACGCGUGACCCCUACCAGAAAACAUCCUAUGAAGAGUCCUACAAGCUGGGAUCCUAUCAAGAGGGGUCCUAUUGAGGGUGAUCGAAUAGCAGGAAGUCCUACGAGGGGGGAUUCUAAGGCUGGGAGUCCUAUGCAAAGAGGUCCUACUAAGAAUGGUCAUAUGGCAGAAAGUCCUAUGUCUGGGGGUCCUAUGGGAAGAGGUCCUACCAAGAAUCAUAUAGCAGAAAGUCCUACAGCUGGAAGUCCUAUGUCUGGGGAUCCUACGAAGAGGCGUCCUACAGAAAGAGAUCCUACUAAUGGUCAUCAAAUAGCAGAGAGUCCUACAGCUGGAAAUCCUAUGUCUGGGAAUCCUACAAAGGGGGGUCCUAUGCAAAAAGGUCCUACUAAGAAUUACCAUAUAGCAGAAAAUCCUACAGCUGGAACUUCAAUGUCUGGGGAUCCUACCAAGGGGGGUCCUACGGGGUAUCCUACAGGGUAUCCUACAGGGUAUCCUACAGAUCCUAUAUAUGAUCGCCUGUGGUUUGGGGGCGGGAUGCAACGCGAGAUAUCCUUCACUAAGGACAUAGAUUUAUCCAAGGAGGAAUUUAAGAUAUAUGCGAGUGUCCGCCCUUUUGGAGAGGGGGAGGAGGAGGAGGAGGAGGAGGAGGAGGGGAAGAGGAAGGAGGAGGAGGUAGGACUCUUCUUCCCUCCCUUCCUCCCUGAUGAUGACCCCUUCGGAAGGAUUAUUGAAGAACUGAAAGAGAAGGAUUUGUAUUAUGAUAGUGUGAGAUGGGGAGGAGGAGGAGGAGGAGGAGGGUCAGAAGAAGAAGAAGGAAGAGGAGGAGGAGGAGGAGGAAGAUCAGAAGAAGAAGAAGGAAGAGGAGGAGGUAUGGGUUAUGGACUAGAAAAUGGAGGAGGAGGAGGAGGAGGAGGUUAUGGAAUGGAAGAAGAGGGAAGAAGAGGAGGAGGAGGAGGAAGGGAAGAAGAAGAAGGAAGAUAUGGAAGCAAUGCAAGUUAUCGAAUAGAAGAAGAUGGAAGAGGAAGAAGAGGAGGAGGAGGAGGAGGAGGAGGAAAAGUAAGAUAUGGACAUAAUACAAGCUAUCAACUGGAAGAAGAGGAAAGAAGACAAGAAGAAGGAAGAGGAGGAGGAGGAGGAGGAGGACAAGAAGAAGGAAGAGGAGGAGGAGGAGGAAGACAAGAAGAAGGAAGAGGAAGAGGAGGAGGAGGAGGAGGAGACCCAGGUACCCAAAACAGACACCAUCUCACAACACACCCCAAAAAUCAUCUUGGUCAAAACGUAAACAAAACCACACACACAUCCACAAACUCUACUAUUACACCCAACAUACCCCCAUUACAGCCCCCUUACAUGGACCCUGGCACCCCCUAUGACCCUUACGCACCCUCCCAUACCCCCUACGCACCCCAUGACACCCCUUACAGCCCUUACAAGUCGUCAUUUCAACCCUCAGUCGCUAUCUUUUCAUCUGAUAUAUCCAACUUAAAGCCUACUUACACCCCUUAUGCUCACCCCUACACCCCUUCCACACACCCGGCCACCCCUUACGCACCCUCCCACACCUCCCACACCCCUUACGAACCCCCAAUUCAAGGCCCAGCAGAGGAGGUCGUGCAGAAACCAAUGAGAUUUGAUCGGAUUUUCAAACUCGAGAUUGCCGCCGGAAUUAUGGAGUCGAGUGCCCCGUACCCCCAUACCCCAGUCCGCUGUGCCCCCUGCCAUACCCUGUGCCUCCCCCUGGACCCCCAUGGCACCGUACCGCCCCUGAGGCAUGACUUCGAGUACGCACUUUGCCGAUAUGAGGUCGAGUAUCGGAGAAAUGCAAAAAUCGGAAUUGUUCGAGUUUUACGUUUUUCCGCGCCGAUAGACCCCAUGGAGUGCUUGGAGGGUUCGGUAGAGUCCGCCGGUAGUCUUCCGAGUCUGGUUGAGUAUCGGUUGGUCCCUAUCUACCGGGUUGUGCCGAGUUGCGAGUGGUUGUUGGCGGACGAGAGAUUGGUUGUGGCCUGUUUUGAUUUUUCUUCCUCUUCUUCUUCUUCUUCUUUUUCUUCUUUUUCUUCUUCUUCUUCUUCUUUUCCUAUGUUGCCGUUCUCCUCUUCCUCCUCCUCCUCUUCUUCCUCUCGUUCUCCUCUUCCUUCCUCCUCCUCCUCCUCUUCCUUAUCUUCUAUUUCCAUUCCUCUUCCUCCUCCUUCUUCCUCUUCUUCUUCUUCCUCUGUUUUUGUAUGUCCUUCCUCCUCCUCCUCCUCCUCCUCCUCCUCCUCCAUUCCUCCUCCUCUUCUUAUGAUCACCUCCUCUUCCUCUCCUCUUCCUCCUCAUAGAACCAUACCAUAUACACUCUUCUCCUCCUCCUCCUCUUCCAUUCCUCCUCCUCUUCCUCUUCCCCUCAUAACCACCUCCUCCUCCUCCUCCUCCUCCUCCUCCUCCUCCUCCUCCUCCUCCUCCACUGUCCCAUCAUCAUCACUCAAAGUUGAGAUACACAGAGAAGAAUUACAUAGGUGUGUCCUAAGCCUACCUCUCUUAAUUGGGACACAGGUGAGGAAGGAGGAGGAGGAGGAGGAGGAGGAAGAAGAUAGGAGGGAGAGAGAAGGAAGUCUGGAGGAGAUCAAAGAUUAUGUGGAAUGGAGGAAGAUGGAAGGGGAGGAAGAGGAAGAAGAGGAGGAGGAAAGAGAAGACUGGAUAAGGAUGGGAGGUAAAGAAGGGAAGAGGGGAGAGGAGAAAGGAGAAGAAGAAAGGAAAGAAAAGGAAAAUAAUAAAGGAAAUUUGACGACAGAAAACGAUGUGUGUGUGUUGAUAGGCUUAGACGACGACGCCGGAACAGGAAUAAGAGGAAAUAUGGAUAAAGAAGGGAAGAAGGGAGAAUGGCUGAUGAAGAUGGUGGAUAUGGAUGAAUUAGAAGAUGUAUUGAAGAUGGGAAAUGAGAGAGAAUGGGAAGUAGAAGAUGGGGAGGAAGUGGAUUUGAUAAAGAUGGGGAGAGAAGACGAUGGGAGGGAGGAAAUAGAUGAAGAUAGGAAGAAGGAAGCAUUGAUAAAGAUAGCCAAAGAAGAAGGGAAGGAGGAAGAAGAAGAAGAGGGGAAGAAGAAGGAAGAGGAAGAAGAUUUGAUAAAGAUGGAGAGAGAAGACGAUGGGACAGAGGAAGUAGAUGAAGAUAGGAAGAAGGAAGCAUUGAUAAAGAUAGCCAAAGAAGAAGAAGGGAAGGAGGAAGAAGAAGAAGAGGGGAAGAAGAAGGAAGAGAAAGAAGAAGAUUUGAUAAAGAUGGAGAGAGAAGAUGAUGGGAGAGAGGAAGUAGAUGAAGAUAGGAAGAAGGAAGCAUUGAUAAAGAUAGCCAAAGAAGAAGGGAAGGAAGAAGAAGAAGAAGAGGGGAAGAAGAAGGAAGAGGAAGAAGAAAAUUUGAUAAAGAUACAAACCAAGGCAACAGAAGAUAGGAAGAAGAUUCAACACAAAGAAGAAAAAGAAGAAGUAGAAGAAAAUUUGAUGAAGAUGGAGAUGGAUAAGGAGGGGAAGGAAUCAUCGUCAACAGAAAACGACGGAAUGGAAGAAUUGACCAAAACAGAAGAAGGGAAACACAGAGAAUUGAUGAAGAUAGGAAGAGAAAGAAGAAGGGAGGAGGAGGAAGAAGAAGAGGGGAUUGAGAGAGAAAGAAGAGGAAGGGAGGAGGCGGAAGAAGAUGAAGGGAGAAGAAAGGAAGAAGAAGAAUCACAAAAAACACUAAAAGAAGAUAGGAAGAAGGAAGAAGAUGUAAUAAAGAUAGGGAGAAGAGAGAUAGAGGAGAUGAUGAAGAGGGAGAUAGAGAAAUUGAUAAAGAUAGUUAAUGACAAGGAUAAAGAAAGGGAGAAAGAAGAAGAAGAAGGGAGGAGAGAAGAAGAAGAAGAAGGAAUUAGAGGAAGAGGAGGAGGAGGAGGAGGAGGAAGACUUCAACUCCUCCACGCAUUUCAGAGUACGGAGGAGGUGGAGGAGGAGGAGGUACUGGAGGAAGAGGAGGAGAAGAAGGAGGAAGAGGAAGAGAAGAAGAAGGAGGAAGAGGAGGAGGAAGAUAGUCUGACCUCCCGCAUUCCCUUCCUUCCUCUUCCUCCUCUCUUCUCAAUCCCUGACAUCUUCAUCCAUGCCCCAGAAGAAGAGGAAGAAGAAGAGGAAGAAGAAGGAGGAGAGGAAGAAGGACAGAAGGAAGAUGAUAGAUACAGAGUUGAUAAAGAAGAAGAAGAAGAAGAAGAAGGGAAGGAAAGAGAGGAAGAAAAGGAGGAAGAAGAAGAAGAAGAAGAAGAGGAAGAAGACAGCCUUAAGAAUGUGAUUAAAGAGGAGAAAGAGGAAGAAGAAGGGAAGAGGAACACCAUUGAUAAAGAUGGAGAGAAGGCUGACCUUGAUUUUGACCUUCCGACCUGCACCUUGGACGAAGAGGUCAUGCUACGCGCCUUCAUGCUGGCACAAGGUCACGUAGGUCAAGGUCACCCACUGGAAGGUCAGAUAUUACAGGAACAGUUGCAAGGUCACCAGUAUCAAGAUCAAGUUCAGGGUCAUGGAUUGGGUCAGAAAGGUCACUUGUUAGAUGAGCAAGGUCACCAAUUCCAUGUUCAAGAUCACCCAUUAGAAGGUCAAGUUAAAGGUCACCAAUUAGAAGGUCCAAAAGGUCAUCAAGGUCAAGUUCAAGUUCUCCAAUUACAAGAUCAAGGUCAGAAAGGUCAUGAGUUGGGUCAAAAAUGUCACCAAAAUCAAGUUCAAGUUCAAGAUCAUCAGUUACAAGGUCAGAAAGGUCACCCAUCAGAAGGUCAACAGUAUCAAGAUCAAGGUCAGAAAGGUCACCAAAAUCAAGUUCAAGUUCAAGAUCAUCAGUUACAAGGUCAGAAAGGUCACCCAUCAGAAGGUCAACAGUAUCAAGAUCAAGGUCAGAAAGGUCACCAAAAUCAAGGUCACCAAUUAGAAGGUCAACACUAUGAAGAUCAAGUUCAAGAUCACCAAAAUCAAGAUCAAGUUCAAGGUCACCAAUACAAAGGUCACAAAUACAUCCCCUACCCCAACCCAGGUCAACCCCAAGGUCAAAGGUCAUACGAGUUCACCCCGACCCAUCUGGCGCCCAAUUUCGACAGUGACCUUCCUCUACGGGCCACGGCAAAGGUCAGCUGGGAGGAAGGUCAGGUCAGGUCGGCGGUGGUGGUGGUGGAGGUGGCUGUGUGUGAGGGGGUAUGUAGAAGUAGUAGUAGUAGUAGUAGUAGUAGUAGUAGUAGUAGUAGUAGUAGGAAUAUUGUGAAUACCUGGGAUAUAAGAGGAGGAGGAGGAGGAGGAGGAGAGGAAGAGGAGGAGGAGGAGGAGGAGCUUGGAAGAGUUAAGUGCUUGGAGAGACCAGAAGUGAGAGGAGGAGAAGAAGAAGAGAGAAGAGGAGGAGGAGGAGAAGAAGAGAGAGGAGGAAGAAGAAGAGGAAGAGGAGGAAUAUCUCUUCUCACUCUCUCUCUCAUAUAUGGAGGGAAAGGAGGAGGAGGAGGAGGAAGAGAAGAAGAAGGAGGAGGAGGAGGAAGGGAGGAAAGAAAAAUGGAAGACGAGGAAGGAAGAGGAAGAAGAAGAGGAGAUUUAAUGAAUGAAGAAAGAGGAGGAGGAAGAGAGGAGAGGAAGACAGAAGAAGAAGAAGAGGAAGAAGGAGGAGGAGGAAGAAGAAGAAGAAGAAGAGAAGAUUUAAUGAAAGAAGGAAGAGGAGGAAGAGGAGAAGAAGAGGAAGAAGAAGAAGAAUCAAAACAAACAACCGGAAAACAAGGUCAAGGUCACCCACCAUCACCACCAGGUCAGGUCAUACAAGGUCAGGUCAUACAAGCCCAAGAACGCGUCUGGCAAAACUACAUCAGGUCAACCGUCACCCAAGGUCACGGGCACUUCUCCGUCGCCCUCCACCGCUCGCUCUCCCCCCCCACCGUGACCUCCUGUGACCUUAACGAGUCCUACUAUGACCUUGAUGACCUUGAAAUUCCCAUGAUUGAUGAGUCUCCUCAAAACUCCAACUUAACCAUUUUUUCCGAGACUCCCUUACACCAAUUUCCCCGCCUUCCCCUGCCUCCCCUGCCGUCCGUACCCACACCCCAGGCUCCCCAAGGGUCCGCCCCGCCCCAGGGUACCCACACGCCCCUGCCAAGCCCCCAGGGGAACCUCCAGGGGGGGGUAGGGUCCGCAAACAGCUCGGCGAUCUUGCAAUACUGGUCUGGGAUUUUUCGAGACAGACGGAAUUUGACGUCGCUCGGAAUUGCCGAUUUACCCCACUCCGAGGCCUUCCCUGGGGGUGGCGUCGGGUGUAGGGGUGGUCAGACUCCCCAGGGGCAGGAUCGGACUGGGGGUAGCACACUGGGGUCAGCGCCUAUGCCCAUUAAGGUCGCGAAAGUGGAUGGAGUCCGUCGACCUGAAGAUGACCAAAAUUUUGCCUAUUUUUUGAGUUGUUCACCAGAGUCUCCGCUUGGAAGCCUGGACUGGGUGGGAGCGAGGAAGGAAGAGGAGGAGGAGGAGGAGGAGGAGGAGGACUGGUUGGAGGAGCUGGAGAAGGAGGAGGAGGAAGAGGAAGGAAGGAGGAGGAGGAGGAAGAUGAGUGAUUUCUUCUGUGAUUUUGAUUUCGAGGAGGAAGAAGAAGAAGGAAGAGGAGAAGGAGGAGGAGGAGAGAGAAGAAGAGAGGAAGAAAGAGGAGGAGGAGGAGGAGGAGGAAGAAGCAGCAGUAGAAGAAGAUCUGAAAAACAUUGAAAGAAAGAAAGAAAGAAAGAAAGAGAGAGAGAAAAUAAAGAGAGAAAUAAAGAAAAUGAUGAUGAUGAUGAUGGUGGGGGGGUUGGGCCCUUCUUCCUCCUCCUCCUCUUCCUCUUCUUCUUCUUCCUCCUCCUCCUCCUCCUUUUCAUCUCCUUCAUAGAUUCAGUUCUGUUAGUGGUUAUUUCCUCCUCCUUCUCCUCCUCCUCCUCUUCCUCUUCCUUACCCACCCCUCUUCUUCCUCCUCCUCUUCCUCUUCCUCCUCCUCCUCCUCUGCUGUCUCCAACACACACACACACACACACACACACACACUAAUUUUUGCAUACCCAACCCUACCUCCUCCUCCUCCUCCUCCUCCUCCUCCUCCUACUCAUUCUUCUUCCUCCUC